AUGGAACCACCACGGGCGCUUCUCUGCGGUCAGGAUAUCUUGCCCGAAAAGAGCUCUUUUGUUGGAGUUUCCGUUUCCGAGACAUUUGACGAUUCCGACGGCGAGGACAGCUGGAACGGGUCUAGUUUUGGCGACGGGAUGACCAGCUUGAUGGUGUCGAAGUCUGCGUCGUGGGGCUCGACUGCAGUCGGCGGACCCUGGGCUGUGGGGGUUACGUCAUCGGCCAGGGAGAACGGCUCGGGUGCUGGAGUUGGGUCGAUCUUGGGCAAAUCGAGCGGUUUCUUUGCUGGCGGGGGUCUUCUUCGCAACGACAAGUCCAAUGGCGGCCGUUGCAACGGUCUGGGCGAUGUGAAAUUGAUCGGUGUAUUGUCCUCGACCGCAGCUUGUGGAGGAUAG